AUGCAUGCUGUGGCGCUCAAGUCUCAUGGCCACAGCGUUGUGGUUCUUGAGAUGCGAACUGAACAGCAGCUACAAGCCCGAGCUGCAGGCUUGAGUCUAUGGUCAAACGCACAGAAAGUGUUCACAACAUACCUACCUGAUGUUGAGCUUGACGAUAUCGUUUUCCGCAACCCCGCAUUUCCAAUCCUUGACAAGGAUGGUAAGGUCUUGGUUGAAGUGCCGUUCACGGAAGACGUGCGCACCUCGUGCUGGGCUGGCCUUCACGGUCUGCUAUGGAUGGCCUGCGAGAAAGACGUCGAAGGACAUGGGCCUGUCAGCAUGCGCUGUGGAUACCAGGUAUGCGGGCUGACUGAGCAAGGUGACCAUCUCGUGGUGUCAUACAAAGGCGAAGAUGGCAUCGAGGAACAGAUGACGGCUGACAUGGUCGUGGCGGCCGAUGGUGCGCGAUCCCAUCUUCGUAGCCUUGUCCUUCCUGAUGUGAAGACCGAUUACGUUGGCUAUGUGGCGUGGCGAUCACAAUUCCCUGAAAAGGAUGCGCCCGAGGAGCUACGUUGUGCUAUAGAGGGCAAGAUGCCUCUUUGCAUGCUGGACGGGAGCUACAUAGUGGUCUAUCUAUCGCCUAGCACAAUCGGAGACAUGCGUCCUGGCAACCGUGUCAUCGAAUGGUGUUGGUAUGAUGCGUGCGACGCUUCGACGCCAGUCUUUGCGGAUUACAUGACCGACGUUAAUGGUGUCCGACAUAACGUCACCGUACCCGGGGAUUUGUUGCGCCCAGAUGUUUGGGAGGCUCAGCUUAAGCGAAGAGAUAAGGUGUUGUCUCCAAUGUGGAGGAAGAUCUUCCACGAGUCGAACCCGCCGCUUCUCACAGCCGUUCUGGCUGGGGAGAUGAGUCUGGGAGAAUGGGAAAAGAAAGUGGCUCAGCACGCUAUGGAGAAAGCGAUCGGAAGCAGGGCCACUGGAAUAUUUGGCAUGACGGGACAGUGGCCGGAAGGUUACACCGCAGAGUCUGCGGCGAAGUUCUCUGAGGAAGUGGCGGCUUGA